GCCCAUAAAUAGAUGUGCUGGGGUUAAGAGUCAUCAUUGAUCCGAAGAUACCAUGGGUCCUCCGAUCAAAGUGCUUUUUGCUGUGUCGCUCGCUGUGCUCCUCGUCCAGUGUGGUGCACGAAAAACUGUUGACGUAGAGGGCAUUGAGGAUUCAUCAACUGAUAAAACCUGGGCGGAUAGUGUGCCGGAUGGUGUGCAGGAUGUCGUACCGGUUCCAACAGAUGAGAAAAGAUCAGUAGCACUUUUAGGCCUUGAUUCGAGCAUCGAUGACAUCGUUGUCGGAAUGGAACAGCACUUGGAAAUCGAGGCAAAAUACGUUAAGAAGAUUAGCGGAUCGGUCGCGCGGGCUUCCGAAGUUAAGAAAGUGAGAAAAAUGGUGAAUAGAUUCCUUCAAGUAAACAGGAGAGACAUCGGUCAAACCCGGAACUCAGUGAGGGACAUCAUUUGCAACAAAUAUCAAAAUUUCAAGAGGCUUACCACGCUCGUCAAACCAUCAGAUCCCGACAUCAUUGAACCAUGUUUCAACAACAAACUCGAACCAACGACGACUCGCCUGAAUAAAAUCAUCGCUGACCCGCAAAGGAACUAUCGCCGAAUCCGACGCGAGCAGAAGGCACUCAUGAAGCAGAGUGAAGGACUGUCCACCUUGGAGCAAUGGAAGGGAUUCUAUGAGAAUAAAGUCAAGGAGGAAUCACAAGCAACCUACAAGAAUGAGUUAAAUGCCAUAAAGGAGGCAUCACUCAAGGCUCUGAAGACCCUCUACAACGCUUACAUCGUCUGGGAUAAAUUGGACGUGGAGAUGAAAGACGAUCUCAAAUAUCCAAGCGACGUCGAUGGAAAAGUAGAGCUGGUUCAAGCAGCAAUUAACACUGGGACUGAAUUUGGUUGCGAGGCAAUGUUGGAGGCCCUCAGGGAGGCGGACAGAGCUGAAAAGAGGAAGAGGGCCGCUGCGCGAAAAGAGGCCGCCGCUGCUGCCCAAAGUGCACCUGGCCAAGCCGAGAUUGAUGACUAAGCUUUAGGAGUGAAUGCAUUCGUUACCGAGAAAACCCGAUUUCAAGCGCAAA